AUAAACGCAAGCGAUUGUCAUAUGUUUAUCAGUUCAGUUUUGUUUCCUCAACAAUACAGCACAAACCAAACACAAGAUGUUCAAAUACUUCGCUCUCGUUUUCGUCGCGCUUUUCGCCUUCGCCGCUGCCGAGCCUAAGCCCGCUGUGGUCGCAGCACCAUUAGCCUACUCCGCCCCAUUGGUCGCCUCCCCCUACGCCGCUGCCUAUGCUGCCCCAUAUGCCGCUUACGCCGCCGCUCCUUAUGCCGCCUACGUUUCACCCUACGCCGCUUACCCAUACAGCGCCGCCUAUGUGCUCCGCAAGUAAACGGAACCUAGCAGUAGAACUCUGGAACUGUGAUUGUACAAUAAAUGAGAUUGAUUGGCAUUGAAUAGGAGAAAUUUGGACUCAAACUUAUUGAAAUAAUGAAAUAAAACUGAAAAUUUGGAAACGAA